GAUAGACAGAUACCCUCUCAUCUGUGCUGCCAGAACUCCAGAGGACAAAUACUACCGUCUCAUGGUUUCUCUCAUUCCCACACAGUCCUCAGAGGAAGGGUUUCCUGGAUUAAUGGCAAAGGACAAUCGAACCACGGUGACCGACUUCAUUCUCUUGGGACUGUCUGAUGAUCCACGGCUCCAGCCAUUCCUCUUCCUGGUAUUUUUAGUGAUUUAUCUCAUCACCUUUGCCGGGAAUAUGGUGAUCAUGGGGGUGAUAAAGGCUGAGCCUCAGCUUCACACCCCCAUGUACUUCUUCCUGUCCCAUUUAUCCUUUGUUGAUAUCUGCUAUUCCUCCGUCACGGUGCCUAAGAUGCUGGAGAACUUCCUAGCAGAGCAGAAGAAAAUUUCCUUUAAUGGCUGCAUUACUCAGAUAUUCUUUUUUACUCUGUUUGUUGGAGUUGAAAUUUUCACUCUCUCAGUCAUGGCUUAUGACCGAUACACAGCCAUUUGUGACCCACUACAUUACCUGGACAUAAUGAACAAACGUAUCUGUGUCCAGGUGGUGCUGAGUACAUGGGCUUUGGGUUUCUUGCAUGCCCUGAUAAAUACUGUUCCUGUGCUGAAUCUUCAUUUCUGUGGGUCCAAUGCAAUCAGUCAUUUCAGCUGUGAGCUCCCUCCCCUGCUACAACUCUCCUGCACUGAUGCCACCAUCAAUAAAGUGGUGCUUUUUGCGACCCUUAUGGUAUUUGGAUUGAGCUCUUUCCUCCUCACCCUAGUGUCCUACAUUCACAUCAUCUCCACCGUCCUGAAGAUACGGUCUGUGGUGGGCAGGCAUAAAGUCUUCUCCACCUGCAGCUCCCACCUCAUUGUGGUGGGUUUAUUGUACCUGACGGGUUUUUUUCUGUACAUGAAACCAAACACAGAUUCUGCAUCAAUGCCAGACAGACUAAUUUCCAUCCAGUACAGCAUCUUGACCCCUAUGUUAAACCCCAUCAUCUACAGCCUGAAAAACAAAGAAGUGAAAACAGCUCUGUGGAAAAUGCUAAGAAAAUUCAAGUUCCUCAAAUAUUUUUAA